GUGCCGACUUCACUACUGGUCUUUGAUCUUGGAACUACAGGGCGCUAGAGACUAAAAUUCUAGCGCUUGGGCUGUUGGGACUUUCAUGAGACUGAAACUGGGUUUCUUACUGCCCAUGAUGCGCUGCUGCCAAUCACGCUUACGUUAUGCUCACUUUCCUGCUGCGAUCCAGCACAUCCGUUCGCUUUCUUUCCAGAAGCUCCUCCUUCUCUGCCAUGAAGUACAUCUCCGGAGAAGAGCUCGCCGAGAUAAUCAAGAGUGAUCAGCUAGUGAACAAGGACUAUCUUGUGGUGGAUGUUCGCGACGAUGACUUCGCCGGCGGCAAUAUCAAGGGGGCUCAAAACGUCCCUUCAAGAUAUUUUCAUACGAGCGUGUAUGACCUGGUCAAGAAGAAGGAAGAUGUCAAGGCCAUGGUGUUUCAUUGCGCACUCUCCCAAGCGCGUGGACCCAAAGCAGCUCGUAUCUACGAGGAAACGCGAAGCAACUUGAAGCUCGAUGGCACGAAACCACAAGAGAUUUAUGUUCUUCGAAACGGUUUCACCGAAUUUCAAAAGAAGUUUAGAGAGGACCCUGUGCUAGUCGAGAAUUGGGAUCCAGAAGUGUGGGAGAAUGCAGAAGAUUGGAGCUAGGGGGAAGGAUUGUACGCUAUUUUGAGUCCGGAUUCGCGUCUUCGCUCUCUCUUUUGAGUCGCAGCUGCUUUGGGAGACUCUCGAUGACCGUUCUUGUGACCCGCUGCUCGUUAUCUAAUCGCCUCAUACAAAUGAACCUGAAUGCUCAGCUAA